AUGGCCCAAGCGGUUAUUGGAGCGAUAGGCACCCUCCUGCCCAAGCUGGCCGACCUAAUCACCAAGGAGUACAACCUUCAGAGGGGUCUUUGGGCCAAGGCUGUGAGGGACUUGUCAUAUGGCCUGGAAGAUAGCAUCGACAAGUUCAUGGUGCGCAUCGAAACCGAUGGCCGACCAGAUAAGUCCCAUAGCUUCAGGAAUUUCAUUGAUAAGAGCCUUAGCCUGUUGACCAAGGGCAAGAUUUGCCACAAGAUCGGCAUCGAUAUCAAAGACAUCAAGAGCUGCAUCAAGGAGGUCAGUGACCGGCGUGAUAGGUACAAGGUUGACAAUGUGGCUGCUGCCAAGCCCGUCGGUCCAGCUAUUGACACCCUUCGCCUAGCAGCCUUGUAUAGAAAGGCCACAGAGCUCGUUGGCACUGACGAGAAGAGCGUUGAGAUGUACCAGAACAUUAAUGAAGCAUCAUGGGGCGAGCAACAACUCAUCAGUGAAAUAAGAACAUUCCUUGAAAACAAGAGGUACUUGAUAGUUAUUGAUGACAUAUGGGAUAAAUCCGUCUGGGAAAAUAUCAAGUAUGCAUUGAUUGAGAAUGGAUACGGAACUGGUGGUGUAUAUCGGCUGAAACCUCUUUCUGUUGUCGACUCAAGAAAGUUGUUCUAUCAAAUAAUAUAUGAGAUGGAGAACAAGUCACAACCUAAUCAAUUGGUUGAAGUAUCUGAGAGAAUUUUAAAAAGAUGUGGGGUAGUUCCGCUAGCUAUCCUUGCGAUAGGUAGCUUGCUGUCUAGUGAAAAGGGAAGAGCACAUACACAUGAGUAUUGGUCCAAGGUGUACAAAUCCAUCAGUUCGGGGCUAGACAAUAAUCAUGAUGAUGUGAAGAACAUGAGGAGAAUAUUAUCUGUAAGUUACUCUGGCCUACCUCCGCACCUAAAGACUUGCUUACUACAUCUUGGUUUGUAUCCAGAGGAUUAUGAGAUUGAAGCAGAACAACUGAUUUGGAAAUGGGUUGGUGAAGGUUCUGUGAAAAAAGAACAAGGGAGGAUCUUAUAUGAAGUAGGAGAGGAUUACUUGAAGGAGCUAGUUAAUAUAAACUUGGUCCAGCCUUCAUAUUUAAAUAGCCUUCGUCGUGUGCAUGAUAUGGUUCGUGACUUCAUCACUUAUUUGUCACGUGAGGAGAAUUUUCUAACAACACCAGAUUGUCAGCAGUUAGAGUAUCUACCAAGUAAGAUACGCCAAUUGUCCUUGCAGACCAGGAAUGAAGAAGUUGGUAAUCAGCUGGCAACCGUGAGCUUGUCCUACGUGAGGUCACUGACUGUGUUUACUCCAGCUUUUAGUUUGCUGCCAGCACUCUUGUGUUUCCCAGUCCUGCGUGUAUUAGAUUUAGCUGAAUGUGAAGUGUAUAAUACCCAUUGGAAUGAUAUAUGCAAUUUGUUUCACUUGAGAUAUUUGAAUUUAAGGGGUACAUCUAUCACUAAUAUCCCGAAAGAGAUCGGGAAUCUACAAUUUCUGCAAGUGCUGGACAUAAGUGCCAAGAUCGAUGUGGUCCAUGUCUUACCUGUUCUUCCUAAGUAUCACACUGAAAACAUUAGGAGAGGAGGACCUUCAAGUUCUCGGGAGCAUAGUACUCUCUCUGAACUGGUCAUACAAGUGGAGAAACCUACACAAGGCAGAGAAAAACGGUUGACCACUGGCAUUGCUUAUCCAUUUUCAUGUCUAAAGAUGUUCAGUGUCAAGAGUGACACCAUGGAGUUGAGGUUUGGACGAGGAGCCAUGCAAAGUCUCCAAACCCUCAAAUUAGAUUUUCAGGAUGUGGAGGACACAUUAUUCCAGUUUGGUGAUUUUGCAUUGGGUUUAGAGAACCUUCCGUCGCUUGAGGAUGUUUGUGUUACAUUCAGUGAAGAUACAAGCGAGAAGAUUAGUAGUGUGGAAAAUGCAUUGAGGAAAGAGAUAGAUAUGAAUCAAAACAAGCCUAGACUGAGAGUUACAGAUAUGGGACGCCUCAUGAUAGAAAACAUCAUAUCUCGCCAAUUUGGGGUUUAA